GAUUACAACACUCCGAACCGCCAGGACCCUUAAACUCCUUGCAGAAGAUAACACGUGUUCCGCUCGCAGAACUCGCGGCUCACUGAACCACAGCCUCCGCUACAGAGCCAAUCAGGAGGUUCUGCGUCAUCACCAGGCGCCAGACACAGGCAAAGGCCCUGCGAAAGCAAGUCCGGCGAGCCCCACCGAUGCCAUGGUAACUGGGCAAUGCGAGCUGCCUGCGCAAUGCCUCCUGGGAGGAGUAGUUCCGGAAUGUCCGACCCCUGUCUAACUGGUAGGUGGUGGAACCACAACUCCCAGCACCACCCGAAAGCUGCCUGGGAGGAGGAGCAAUUGUCACUGUUGUGGCCGAAGUCUAGGCCUGAGCCUGAAAAAAUGCUGCUGGCGUCCCAGGAAAGGUCCUCAAAGAAGAGGAUGGAGCUGAGUCGCUGGAAACGGAUCUCAAGGAAGCUGAAUCCCAAGUCUGCGUUUGAUCCUGACAAUGUGGGGCACUGGAUUAAGAGAGUAGAGAAAGCUUCAGAAUUUGCCAUUUCAAAUACAUAUUCUGCCAGAAAUGCAGAUUUACCUGGAAGGCUGUGGCGACAUGCAGUAGAUCUGGGGACAUGCGAGCAAACAGAGUAUCAUGAUGAUGUCUACGAAGAAGCUCAGGAGCUAGUCAAUGACUGGCUAGACAACAGACUUCAACAGGAAUUAGCAAGUGAUGGAGAAGGAGAAGGUGCCGUGCCAAGCAGCCCUCCGGGGCCAGGUGCCCAUGGCCAUUUGAAGUAUGACAGGUUUGAUGAUUUAUGUGGCUAUUUGGAGGAAGAAGAGGAGAAUGCCACCACUCAGAAAUUUAUAGAGCAUCUGCUCCAUAAAGAGGUGGUGGAUGCUGCAAUGGUGGAAGAGCUUGGAAGGAAGGAAAACCAAGGCAAGAGGCAGCAGAAGGACCCUCGUCUUACCAUGGAGAUGAGACAUAAGCAGGUAAAAGAAAAUCGCUUAAGACGUGAGAAACAAGUGGAGUUCCAGAGAAAGGAGAAUGCCCUGAAGAAAGCAGCCUUCUUGGAGGCUCAGUGUCUAGUGCAAGAAGAGAAGAGAAGAAAGGCUCUGCUGGCCAGGAAAGAGAAGGAGGGGAUUCAGAGAGAGAUGGUCAAGCUGCGGAGGGAGAUCCUGGAGAGAAGGCGUACCGUGGAAGAAGCAUGGAAAACAGAGAAAAAAAGGCAGGAAGAUUCUCAGAGGAAUCCAGAAGAAAAAAUGGUGGAGAGUGCUCACAUUCAUCUGAGUGAGGAAAAAGUUGCAAAAGAAAGAAAAAGAAAACUGAGAGAGAUACUAAUCCGGACUUUCAAGGAAAAUCACCAGUGUCAAAAACGGUAUUUCUCUGCCUGGCACAAGCUGAUUCUGGAUCAUAGGAUUAAGCUGGGGAAAGCUGGGACCCUGUCUGACUGGAAGCUUCAACUGAAGGUCCUGCGAGCCUGGAGAGACUAUACACGAUCCCAGAAGAUGGAGCGGGAGACCCAAGCCUUGAAAAAUGACCUUAGGGAAGAGAACAGAAAACAAGAACUGGCGACUGAGUAUAACCGGAAUCAAGUUCUCCGUUACUGCUUUUCUGAAUGGCAGCGUUGGCAUGGUUCAGAAGUUAGGAAGAGAGAGCUGGCUCUAGCAAAGGAGCAAACUAGGAGGAAAAUGGAUGAGCUGCUGAAGGCAGCCUCCCUUGGGAAACUCAGGUCAAAUGGGUCAUCAGGAAUCCGUCUUCUUGCCGAGACGACAGCCACAGCAGACCCGCCGUUAGAAAGUGGAAAGGUCACCAUCAUGCCCACUUCAUGGGAAAAGCCACCUAUGCGGAGCAGUGGUUGUGUGCUCAGCCAUUCCCCAGAAAGAACAACCAAGGGCAAUUUUCAGGGUCCCCUCCCAGAUGUCUCUGGGAGCACACCUGGGACAAAGCAUUCCAAGACUCCAGAUGCUGAGACCUCUGAACAGCCUGGUAGCCAUGAAAAGCCUGGGACCACUAGCCAGGGAGCAGAGCCUGUUUGUGUGAGGCAUUUCCACCAUCGCCAUGUCUACCAGCAACAGCUGAUUGAGAGGCAAAAGAAGAAACUCGAGGAACAGCAAAAAACCAUUCAAAAGCUGAAGGAAAACCAGCGGUUGGCGGAGGCCCGGUGGGCAGCUGAGCGUGCAGCAGCAGUCACAGAAGCACAGAGUCACCUUCUGUCCAAUCCCAGAGGAGCAGAGGAGCCACAGGGAAGCUGCCAGAGGCCUCUGGAUUCAUCUGUUCUUUCCUCAAGGUGUGAAGAUAGUAGAACUGAGUCCAGAAAUUCUCUUUCUGCAUCCAAAAGGAACCCGACAGCACCCCAUCCGUUAUUGAAAGCCAUGGAAGAGAGAGCAAUUCAACGAGCUGAACGUAGGCGGAUCUUGGCAGAAAGGAAGAAAAAACAAGAAGAAGACAAAUUGGCUCAGCUAAAGGCCCAAGAGGAAGAACGCCAGAAGAAGGAUGCUGAAGAAAAGGAAGCUCAGCUUGAGAGAAAACGAGAGGAAAAGAGGCUGAAGAAGAUGAAAGAACUAGAGAAACAGAAGAGAAUUAAGAGAAAUCAAGAGUUGGAAGCAGUAGCUAAAGAUCAUUAUGAAAAGGUCUUGCUAAGGAAAAGAGGCCUGGAGCCCUGGAAGAGACUGAGAAUGCAAAGCAAGCAAAACAUUGAGGUAGCAGAAGAACAUUACUCUUUGGCACUACAAAGAAAAUGCCUGAUCAGUUGGUUCCAGUACAGCCAGGAAACUCUGGCUACAAGGACAGCCCAGGCUGAUCAGUUGUAUUCCCAACUGUUGUGUAGAAGAAUCAUCCGAGGCUGGCUCCAGUAUGUCAAUGAUCUGGAGAAAGAAGUAAGAAAACUCUAUGUCCACGUACUGCAGAAGAAGGUUUUCAGAGCAUGGUUUAGCAUGGUCAGGGAUCUGAAGAUCGAAUCCCAGGGAAAACUUGAGACUGCAGCAGAACAUUGUGACAGGCCUGCUCUCUUCAGGAAUAGCCGAUUCAGUUCUGCUGCCUUUUAGCACCUCAGACGAUCCUCACCCUGAGACUGGACAGCACCUGAGUUUCUCUGCCCCCGACCCUUCCCUCAGCACUGCCUCUGCCUAACAGGGCAGAGACUAUCAGACCUCACCUCAUCGUCCCCAGUGCACAGCUGGUGUAGACACUGGUCAGUCCUGAAAAGGCAGGCAUGCUUCCCCAAGACAGCACUCCAUUUCAACCUGGGACCCCCCAUCAUCUUUCCACAUUUGGUGUGUACAUCUUCGUUCUCAACUGAAUUCCAGAUGUUUUCUGUUACAGUUGGCGAUGCGCUCACCAGUCAAGCUCUAAAUUAUGUAAGCGCUAAGGCCUGGGUGCCCUGAGCUCUUCCGGAUCCAGGCACGUCAGUGUCUUUACCUUGACUGCUGUCUGCCCAAGCCCGUCAGAAUUCCUGGUCCCGGUUGGUCAAUAUACAGGCUGUGACCAGAUCCACCGAGGCGUCUCAAAGCUUGUACUGUCAGCGCCGGGUUCUCUGUGCAAAUGUCAACUUACCACACAGCCAUCCCAUCUAUUCUUUUUAAUAGCACUGUGUCCUGUCGGAUUUGCCAUUGAUUUCCACCUCUCCCUCCU